AUGUGGAAGAGAUGCAAAUGGUUUCUUGACACCACGCUUUUAUUCUUGAUCCUUAUUCUUCUCCUUACGGUAGUCUUCUUCAACCAAAAAGCCCCCUCUUUUCAAACAACAGGCGACGUGACCGGCUUUGUUCCUAAAUUUUCACAUCGCAUUACCACUUUCACACCCGACCCUGACUUCUUUCCUGACGACGCAAAGAAGUUUUUCACCAACGCAACGAGGGACAAAUGGCUUAGCCUUGUGCCGGAUGGACUGGGCUAUCUCCACAUUCAAAGGCCCGAAGGAUAUAACAACCUGCCAACACCUCUGUUGAACUAUAAGAAAAAAGAUAUGUUCGUGGUUACAACUUCAGUAACCCAUCAAUUACAUUGUCUGUAUAGCAUCGCUCAUGGAUAUGCGCUUCUAGCUACAGGUCAGGAAGGUAAACAGAGCGAAGCCCAUUGGCACAUGAACCAUUGCUUUGACUACUUACGUCAGAGCAUUAUGUGCGCGGGUGAUGUCGCUUUGGAAGGUCAACAGACAACCUUUGCCAAAUCCAUUCCUGGCAGUGAUGGCUGGGAUGCAAUGCACAACUGCAAGAAUUACGAUGAGGUCUUCCAAUUCUUGGAACGUCAUAAAGCGCUGAAGGAGCAUUGGAUCUAG